GUCCUAUGAGCCGCUGCAGCUCACGGUGUCCUUGCUGUCCGGGGUACCCCUUGCCACACUCACCGUGGAGAGUUGCAUGCAGGUCCAGGUUUUCAAAGAGCGCCUGGAGAAGUCAGAGGGGAUGGCGCCGGGCUGCUGGGUCUCAUCGCUGAUUUGCGGCGCAGUGGUGCUGGAGGAGGGGACGUUGGAAGAGGCAGGGUUGGAGAACGGGGCGGAGCUCGUUGCCAUCUGCUCAGAAGAGAUCCGUGGUGACUUUGAGGAGUUCGAGCCGGGCUGCCCCACCUGCGACUACAACACCAAGCUGCACCGGCUCAGCUUCAAGCCAGACGGCAUUGUCUCUGUUCAAGUGAGCUUCCAUAAGGAGCCGGUGAUGUGCCGGUACUGGAUGGGGGAGCUUCGAGAAACGACGCGGGGAUACGACAAGUCGCUGGAGUUCACAAGGCUCGACCCAGACUCAAACGGCGUCCCCCAGACAUUCGCAGGAACACUGCACCUCAGCGCACGCAGCGGCAUCCGCCGUUCCAUCGCCAUCCCAGACCUGAAGAUGCAGGUGAAGGACCUGCGCUGGCUCAAGGAGAUGGGGCAGGAGAUGCAACAGAAGCGUUUGUGGUCACUCAUGUGGGAAAGGGAAAUGGCUCCGCUCACACCGGAAGAGAACCUCGACUACCGAAACGGCCUGAUAAAGUUCCGCCUCGACGGCCGAAUCGAGUACCGCGACAGCCUCAUCGACUACCACGAAGGCCUUGUGGACAAGCAGAUGUCAUGCCGAGGCCGUGGCAAGAGAGGCAAGCUGGCAACUGGCAAGUUCCACAAGGAGCCGGCGACAGCUGAAUGCUACCAGGCGGACAAGCACAAGGCAUGCCACGGCCGCAAGAGAGGCAACCUCUCAAUGGACAAGUUUCAGAAGGAGGAGGCGGCCCUGCGUCUACAGAAGAUGGAGGACUCACGACAGAGGCGGCGUCUGACCAAGGCGAGAAAGGCACACAGGCAGCAGCAUGGUGAUUAUUGGGUCUGGUGA